AUGAACGCUCCAGAUAGAUUUGAAUUGUUCAUCUUACCAGAUGGCGUUGAAAAAAUCAAGAUCAUCCCAGAUACGAAGGUGCCCAAUGCUGCCAUCAUAAAGAUCGAGAGAGAAGAUCACACACUAGCGAAUUUGCUACGUGCACAGCUAGCCAAAGAUGACAAAGUUAUUUUUGCCGCUUACAAGGUGGAGCACCCGCUUUUUGCCAACUUCGUUUUGAGAAUCCAAACGGAGGAUGACUACACACCGAGGGACGCUUUGAAGAAUGCAUGCUCCAACCUCAUUUCCGAGUUGGACAUUCUUAAAACCAAAUUCAAGGACGAGUGGGCUCUUAAGUCCUUGCUUAACAACGAUGACUACUAA